AUGGCUACACUGGCAGAGAAAGAGACAGCGCCAUCGGAAAUGGGUACAUGUACACUGCCCGAUAAUGCCGACACGGAAAGGGGGGUUAUCCCCAGCACUGGCAGCAGCGAAGAGCCCAAGGACGAGUCGUCGUCGCCAGCGCCUUCUCCUCCUCCCCGAACAGCCCACGGCUUUGUCUGGCUUUUGAUCGUCGCGAGCGUGCUCAUGGCCAACUUCCUGUUCGCCACCGACAACACCAUCGCGGCCAACAUCCAGCCGGCCGUGAUCCGGCAGUUCGACUCGCUCGACAAGCUGGCCUGGCUCGGCGUGGCCUUUCUCGCGGCGUGCUGGGGCACCAACUUCUUCUGGGGCGACAUGUACGCGCGGUUCAGCGCCAAAUGGACCUUUUGUGUCUCCUUUGUCGUGUUUUCCGUCGGCUGUGCCGUGGCCGGCGCCGCGCCCACCAUGGACGCGCUCAUCGUUGGGCGUGCCAUCUGCGGUAUGGGCGGCGCGGGAAUGUACUUUGGCUCCAUGGCUAUUUUGACCAAGAUGACGACGGAACGGGAGCGCCCGUUGUACCUAAACCUUGUUGGCAUUACUUUCGGGGCUGGGACGGUGCUGGGCCCUAUCAUUGGCGGCGCCUUUGCUGAGAGCAGCGCAACGUGGCGCUGGGCUUUCUACUUUAAUCUGGUUGUCGGCGGCGUCUGCGCUCCGGUCUACAUCUUCCUGCUGCCCGCUCUCAACCCAAAUCCCGGCCAAAGCAUAAAGGAACGGACGAGCGGGCUGGACGUGCUGGGCAACCUCUUUGUGGCAGGCCUCAUUGUCAGCAUCGUCAUGGCCAUUUCCUUUGGAGGUGUCGAGUACGCGUGGAACUCGGGGCAGGUCAUUGCCCUUUUUGCCGUCGCAUUCGUGCUCCUCUGCGUGUUUCUUCUCCAGCAGCAAUUUGCUUUGCUCACCACGGUACAAACGCGCAUCUUCCCCAUGCACUUCCUCCGGUCGGCCACUAUGGUGGUUCUCUUCCUCGAAGUGGCCUGCUGCGCCACGUGCGUCUUCGUCCCCGUCUAUUUCCUGCCGCUCUACUUCCAGUUCGUCAAGGCCGACAGCCCCAUUCUCGCCGGGGUGCGCAUCCUCCCUUACGUCGUGUUCCAGAGCGUCAUUGCCAUUGUUGCGGGUUGGGCCGUGGGCAAGACGGGUUACUAUGUUCCCUGGUUUAUCUUUGCCGGCGUGCUCUGCAUCCCCGGCGCCGCGCUGCUCUACACGGCGAACCAGUACACGCCGCUCGCCAACAUCUACGGCUACCAGGUUUUGCUAGGCCUAGGCUCGGGCGCCGCCACCCAGCUCACGUUUGCCGUUGCCUCCAUCAAGGUCAACACGCCGCUUGACAUAGGCCGCAGCACGGGCUGGCAGGCCUUUGCGCAGCUCGGCGGGCCCACCAUCUCCCUGGGCAUCGCCAACGCCGUCUUUCUUAACAGAGCCCAUGCCGCGCUGGGCGCCCUGCUGCCCGACUUUUCCCUGGACGAGAUCAACACCAUCAUCUCGGAGCCCAACAGCCGCCUGCUGCGCGACAUGCCGGCUGACAUGCAAGAGCGCGUCGUCGAUACCGUCGUGGCGUCCAUGAGCAACGCUUACAUCUUGUGUCUUGUUGCGGGGUGCUUUGUCUUGCUCCUUAUUUUCCGCUUCAAGGUGAAUGACAAGCUGUGGGGUUAG